AGGCUGUGGGCGGGAAGAGGGAGCCCUCAGCUAGCAACAACAGAGAGUUUCUGGAGAGAGCGAGCCAGCGAGUGAGCCCUAGAGCAUCCCAGAGAGAGCUGGACUUUUCCUCAAAGGCCUAUCCUGACCCCCAGGCCCUGACACAGCGGCUCAGCAGCCCAGCAGCCCAGCCCUGCCUGGCCUGCGGCUCACCUCCUCCAGGCCGGCUGCCGGGGGCAUCCUUCCUUCCCUCCCAUCAUGGCCGUGUACCGCGUGUGUGUGGGCACUGGUCCCUACCUGAUGGCCGGCACACUGGACAGCAUUUUUGUCACACUGGUGGGCACAUGUGGUGAGAGCCCCAAGCGGCGGCUGGAUCGCGUGGGCAGGGACUUCGCCCCUGGAUCGGUGCAGAAGUACAAGGUACGCUGCUCAGAGGAGCUGGGGGAGCUCUUGCUGCUGCGGCUCCACAAGGAGCGCUACGCUUUCUUCCCCAAGGACUCCUGGUACUGCAGCCGUAUCUGCGUCACUACCCACGGUGGUACUCUUUGCCACUUUCCCUGCUAUCAGUGGAUUGAGGGCUACUGCACCAUAGAGCUUCGACCAGGAACAGCAAGAACUAUUUGUCAGGACUCCCUUCCCCUCCUUUUGGAUCACAGGAAAUGGGAACUCCAGGCCCGACAGGAAUGCUACCGGGGAGGCUGGAAAGUCUACGCCCCCGUCAGCAGCUUUGAGGAGGUGGAGUCAGAUAAGAAAUUUGCUUUGAUCAAGACGGUGCCUGGUGCAGACCAGGGCGACAGGGGAAACAGGUACUUGCCCGGCUUUCCCAUGAAAACUGACAUCCCGUCCUUGCUGCCCACGGAACCCAAUAUUUGCUACUCGGCCACCAAGACGACCUCGCUGCUCUUCAAUGCCAUCCCUGCGUCCUUGGGCAUGAAGCUUCGAGGGCUGCUGGACCGCAAGGGCUCCUGGAAGAAGCUGGAUGACAUCUGGAAUAUCAUGUGUUGCCACAAGACCUUCACCUCAGAAUACGUCACUGAGCACUGGUGUGAAGACCACUUCUUCGGAUACCAGUACCUGAAUGGUGUCAAUCCUGUCAUGCUCCACUGCCUCUCCAGCUUGCCCAGCAAGCUGCCUGUCACCAAUGACAUGGUGGCCCCCUCGCUGGGACCAGGCACCUAUUGCAGACAGAGCUAGAGGGGGGGGCGCAUCUUCCUAGCGGACUACUGGAUCCUGGCAGAGGUCCCCGUCCACUGCAUAAACGGCUGUCCGUAGUACGCGGCCUCCCCGCUCUGCCUGUUGUGGCUCAACCCCCAGGGGGCGCUGGGGCCCUUGGCCAUCCAGCUCAGCCAGACCCCCGGGCCAGACAGCCCCAUUUUUCUGCCCACUGACUCCGACUGGGACUGGCUGCUGGCCAAGACGUGGGUGUGCAACUCUGAGUUCUUGGUGCACGAGAACAACACGCACUUUUUGUGCACGCAUUUGCUGUGCGAGGCCUUCACCGUGGCCACGCUGCGUCAGCUGCCGCUCUGCCACCCCAUCUACAAGCUCCUGCUUCCGCACACUCGCUACACGCUGCAGGUGAACACCAUCGCACGGGCCACGCUGCUCAACCCAGAGGGCCUUGUGGACAAGGUCACGUCCAUCGGGAGGCAAGGCCUCCUCUACCUCAUGAGCACCGGUCUGGCCCACUUUACCUACACCAAUUUCUGCCUUCCGGACAGCCUGCGGGCCCGCGGCGUCCUGGUUAUCCCCAACUACCAUUACCGAGAGGAUGGCCUGAAGAUCUGGGCGGCCAUUGAGAGUUUUGUCUCAGAAAUCCUGGGCUACUAUUACCGUGAUGCGUCCGUGCAGCAGGAUUUGGAGCUGCAGGCCUGGGUAGGAGAGAUCUUUGCUCACGCGUUCCUGGGCCGGGAAAGCUCAGGCUUCCCACGCAGGCUGUACCCGGGAGAGCUGGUGAAGCUCCUCACUGCAGUCAUCUUCAACUGCUCCGCCCAGCAUGCCGCUGUCAACCGUGGGAGGCAUGACUUUGGGGCCUGGAUGCCCAAUGCCCCGUCAUCCAUGAGGCAGCCCCCACCGCAGACCAAGGGGACCACCCUGAAGAGCCACCUAGACACCCUCCCGGAAGUGAACACCACCUGUAGCAACCUUCUCCUCUUCUGGUUGGUCAGCCAAGAGCCCAAGGACCAGAGACCCCUGGGCACCUACCCGGACGAGCACCUCACCGAAGAAAGGCCGCUCCGGAGCAUCGCCAUCUUCCAGAGCCGCCUGGCUCAGAUCUCACGAGACAUCCGGGAACGGGAGCGGAACCGGGGCCUGGAGCUGCCCUAUAUCUACCUGGACCCUCCCCUCAUCGAGAACAGCGUCUCCAUUUAACCCCUUCCUCCUACCACCCGGAAAGCCCAAGCGUGAGGAGGCCCAGCUUCCCAGGGUCCUCAAGGCCCUUCCGUCUUCCCUGUUCUCGGUCAGCCUGAACUUUCUCUGCACGUGGGGACCUUUUCCACCCACGGUGGCUCUAGCAUCACAUGAACUGGGCCCUGAGCUGCCAGUACAGCGGUGUCCAGGGUGAGAAGUCGCUGGCUAAAGUCAAACGCACAACAGGCCCUUCAAAAGGAAGGAACCCCAACACCCCUUGCCCUACUUUGGGCAGGCUCCUGUGAAAGCCUAGCCUACUCCCGCCUUCUGUGAAAACUCUUCCUCCUCCCAUUUGGCCCAGGUUGGGACUCUGAGGGCGCCUUCCCAGUCCUCCCCAUUCCAAAACUCCUUCUCCUACUUUGCCUCUUUGUUUCCACUUUCCUCCCAUCCUAGGACCAACCCAAUCCAAAUUCCUUCUUCGGAAGAGCCUGGAAACUGGACAAGGAAGGAUGUGUGCCCUGGAUCUGUCAUGUGGUCCACUUUGACCCCAGCAUCUUUAGGGAGAGGGUUAGAAUUAGAGCCCAGCUUACCUGUACCUCUAGCUGUAGUUCUCAGGGCCAGGCUCCCUGGCUUGUGUGUGCGUGCGUGUGUGGAGUCUCUCCCCAGCUCUUUCCUAUCCCCACUAUCAUCCCCCACCUUUUUUGUCCUUGA